UAGUAAAAACUUGGUCUAAAUUAAAUAGUAUUUGCAACCAGGAUAAUACAAAUCUUGUGUAAAUACAAGUACUGUCACUGUCAGUCUGCUGGACUAUCAGACUAUGCAGCAGUUUAUGUUCAAUUGUUCCGGAUUGGGAUUAUAACUGUACAAAGUUGUGAAUAUUUAGUUCACUGACUGCUUUUAUCCAUGCAAAAACAAUGAGCAACUUUUUCUCAGAAGCAGUUUUCAAGUUGUCCUGGGGCUUAGUCAAGCUGGAUAAUGUGACUGCACAGCAGGUUCGGAAAUUGCUGUCAAUGUGCCCUCGAAUUGAGAAAGGCAUUCUACGAUUGAACCAAAGAAAUUGGAACUCAAUUGUUGCUCUUGGUGUAUUUUUGAUCCAUUCUAACAUGAAGCAUAAAGACAUCAUUGUUCCAUAUUUCAUUCAACUUAUGGAAAUCUACCAUCAAUACCAUAGAAAUUGCAUAUUGGAAUUGUUAUAUGCUAAUGUACUCUCCAUUGUAACAAUUCCCACUUUAGUCGGAUUGCUUCGUGGUUUUGGUCGACCCAUAUUUGAAAAUGAACCUUUGCUUACUGCUGUUUUACCCUCAUCAAGAAAACCCAAACAAAAUAUAUUAGUGAAAGGCAACAAAACAUCGAGUUUUUCUUUCAACGGAUUUCGUGAUAUUAUGUCAGACUCUAAACAAUGUGUGAAAAGUGGAUGUCAGUUAGCGAUUGAUAUUUCUAAUCAAAUGGGAGCAACAGUAGGUGAUUUAUACAAACAACACAACAACCAAAGUGUAAACAGAAAUAAAAACUCAAAAGAUGAAAAACUGAAAUCGUGGUUCAAUGAUGAACAACAAAACGAGUUGUUAUCUAUGGUCAAUUCAACAACUGGAAUAUUUCGAAAAAAAAAUAUCAUAAUGAAUUUUUGUCUCAAAAAUUAUUUUCAAUCUCAAUGUCACAUUUACAGUUUAUACUUUUUUUUUCCAGUGCAAGGAUCACCACUGCAUGAAGAAGCUUCAAAACUAUCAGAGAGUGUUUUCACUAGUACCUAUUCCAAAAUUGUCUUCCUGCUUAAAGAGAAAGAAACGCUUUCUGCUAAAAAACUAGACCUUCUUGUCUUAAUGUGUCGAGCGUGUGCAGCAUGUCUUGAUGUAAUAUUAUUAGGAUGUAAAGAAUACAAACAAUGUCAGAGGAUAUUCGUAAAAAUGACUGAUCGCCUUCAAACUUCUGAAUCAACGAGGUUGUUCCUAGCUCAUGUUCCUUUGUUACUGAGAUGCCUAGAGGGCCUCGGUGAUGUAGUGGAGGCAUCCAAUCAACAUUUCAAACAGGUUAUUGAUACAUUGAGAGAAUUUUUUGUCAACCCUGCACCUGUGCUAAUUAAAUUAAAGAAACUCAAAGAUUCCGUAGAUUCUGGAAUCACAUCGGUUACUGGUGUAUCCGGUACUAUUCCAAGAAAGAAGAAAAAAGAUCCACUGUCACCUGUAUCAAGUCUCACAUCUGCCAACAAAGUUUUCACAAAAAUAUCAAAUAUCGAACACAAUGAAGAUCCUUAUACAUUGAUCAAGGAUGUUGCAAUUCAGAGUGUAUGUCGAGCUCUUGCAGUUGGCAUAAAAGAUGAUCCAGAAUGUGUUCCUGCUUUCAUAUCAGCGCUAUCAAAUAAGAUAUUUUCUCUGGAUGUCAACAGCAGCACCUCACAGAUUGUCAGUAUGCAUUGUGUGGAAGUUAUGAGCCGAGUUGCAGUUGCAUCAAGAGAAUGGAUAACUAACAUCACUCCACAGGUUGUUGCGACUCUUCAACGUCGGCUACAUUCACCUCCUUCAUCAUUAGAUGAUUUAAUUGUCGAUCAAUUUGCAUGUAUUGCUGUUCUUGGGGAGGAUAAGCAAUAUGAAGAAAUCCUCAACAUGCUAUUGCAGCUAUGUGUUCUUGAUAACGUCCCAGAAUCACCAGGCAGUCCUGGAGAAGUAAAGCAUAUUUCUCCUGCAAUUACAAAUGCAUUGGCCAACAUUGCUUUUCACAUUGGUAAAUCUGGACCAAGGAAUGCAAUCUGUGAUACAAAGGAGACUGCAAAAUCUGCACAAGACAACGGAAUCAGUAAUGUAUUACAAGAUCUAUUGGUCCAUCUUCUUCAACUCUUUGUUCAAACUGGUCUGGAAAGAAAGAAAAAUAUCCAACCUACUAAAGAUAAAUAUUUAACAACAGCAAGUUAUUCUGAAUCAAACUGGAGAAUACAGAACGCUGAUAACCUUGGCAUGUUGUUGCCUGUGAUUGCAGUGUUGAUGAGUCGUCUUCCACCUAUUACAUCACCAAAACCAAGAUUAUCCAAACUAUUCCGUGACUUCUGGCUAAUUGUGUUGUCUUCGAAUUUACAGAUGAACAUGCUGGUGACAUCAAAUUAUUGGCCAUUUGGAUUGGUUUCAAGCAGUUUGUCUUAUAUCAACAAAGUCACCAUUACCUCACAUUUCCUGGUGAGAUCCGUUACUUCAGAAUCAAGUAUAAUUCAGCACUGGAAAAAUUAUGCUGUUACUCAGAAUGAAUUAAUAGAGAUUCGUGCACAGAUUUUAAAAUUACUUGGAAAUCCAACUGAUAUCACAGCUCUUGUAAAUCAAAUGGAAUUUGGAUAUUGUGCUUAUCUUCUAUCUGUGUUUAAACUUGAAAGGUUGAGAGUUAAAAAUGCAGCAACGUACACAAUUGAUUGUUUAUUUCAAUAUUUGGAAGAUCCAACAGUCAGAAAAGAUAAAUCAGAAAUGUUUAAAUGCAUUCAUGCUGUGUCUGAUUACAUGUUCAAAUUAUAUCUGGACCAGUUGAGGAAGCACAAAGAAUGUGAAGAUAUUCUUGUAGACAACGCUCAAUUUCUUUUUGUUAAAUUCAACAGUCCGCAAACAAGAAUUAGAAGGACAGCGGAUAGGUAUUUGUCUCUCUUGGUUGAAAGAUUUCCUCAUGUACUUUGGAACAAGAAAGUUUUGUUUUAUAUGUUGGACUUGCUUCAAUUGUUGUCUCAAACAUCCGGGAAUGAUUUAUUCAGUGAAAUUCCUCCUCUUUGUAUUCCUGGUUCAAGAUUUACAUUUCAACUUCAAGACUCGUUGAAAUUGCGAGAAAAAAUUAUCAAAGAUUUUAAACAACAUUGUGGUGGAAUUUUAAAUGAAGCUGUAAGAUGGGCUCCAUCAUCAACUACCAGUCAUCUUCAGGACUACCUUAUCAACUAUGAUUCUGGUUUGAUCGAUUUUGAUGGUAACGCAGAUUCAUCAAGUCACAUUGGUCUCUCAUUAGCAAUUAGAACAUUAUCAGAAGCAGCUGUUGGAAAACAACAUAAUUCUAUGUUUGCUACAGCGAUGAUUAAACGAAGCAAGUAUUAUGGAGAGAUGAUGGGAAAGUUAUCGAAUGAAAACGAUUCAAAAUUGAUGUUAUCUGAAACUAUCUUCAACAAUUAUAAAUCUGCAAUCAAGAAUAUGGAUGAUGCAAAGAUAAAGAUUAGUGUCCAUCAAGCUACAGCUCUUCUGGUUAGCUGUAAAGAUGAAAAAUACAGAGACAGAAAAAUGUUACAUGUCAUAUGCUGGGCUUCUGUGGACAGAUUUCUGUCUUCCAUAAUGGAAACGUGUAUAGAUUGUUGGCAAUGGCUUCUUUCUUCAAGAUCUGAUUUGGAAAUGGAUUUCAUGGGAGAAAUGGCAUCAGCAUGGGAGGCAACAAGAGAACAAAAACUUGGAAUGUUUUGCAAAGAUGAAAAUGAGGGAGAUCCUCUGGCGGUUUCUGAAGAUAAUGUUCCCAAACCCAGACCACCUUAUGUGUUGCCACAUUUGCACUGGAUAGAGUUUCUUCAGCAAAGAUUUGAAAUGGUUAAAUACAGUAGCACCGCACAAGCAAGAGUCAUCGUCAUGUUGUUGAAUAAUUCUCUUCCAAUGUUUAUACCUGGAAAACAAAAUAAUAUGUCACGCCAUAUUGCUGCUGUCGGGGCAAGAAGUCGUCUGUUAACUUUAGGAUUUAUGAGUUUGCAAAAUAGUGAUGUCACUGUAGGAGUAUUGGAAAGAAAUAUACUUCGGGAGAGAGUGUAUUGCGCAAUGUUUGACUAUUUCUGCUGUCGACGUCAGUUUCCAACUCAAGAAUCAUCUCAACUUAGGGCUGAUAUCAACAAUACAAUGAAGUUAUGGCAUUCUGUACAUGCAGAUAAGAAAUACCUUGGCGGUGAUGCAAUAAUGGAUGCAAGAGCUGGUACUGGUAGUCUGGGAAGCAGUGCAGGACUUGCUGCUAUGCAUCCAUCUGCAUCAUUUUCGGGAAAAGGUGCUGCUUCAGACUCCAUUCCUGAUGUGCUUUCAUUAUCAAGUUUGACUGUGUCACAAGGAUGGGGAACUACGGAUGGGACACCUUAUCCUGGUUAUAGAAAUUCUAUUUCUAGACGUUCUGUCGCAGCUCCAAGCGCAAAAGGGUCAAAGAAGACUAAGAAGAAUGUCAAACAAAUAACCAAAGAUUAUAUUAAACGAAGAUCUCUGCUCAUGUAUCUAUUAACUGCUGAAUUGGAACAUUUAAUAACAUGGUACAAUCCUACUGCUAAUCCUGAUAGCAUGAUUGAAUGGGAAUCAACUGUGUCAGCAUGGAGAACACAGGGGGCUUCUAUGUUACGUAGACAAUCUGCUGCUCGUCGACUUGAGGGACCGAUGACGUCGUUAAAUAAUGUUGAAAUUUCUGACAGACAGUUGAAAGAUCUUGUACAACAUGCAUGGCAUGUGUCACCUAUACUCGCUGUUUAUUUACCAGACAGACUGAGAAAUUCUGAAGUUAUUGUUCGUGCUGUGACAAACUUGGUUCGAAAAAAUCCAGCCACGAUAGAAUGUUGUCCAGAAGGUAUGAAAUACCUAGUCUCAAAUCAGUCGUUGGAGAGUGAUUCUCAAGAACUCGUUCAUGCUUUGACAUGGUCACUUGGAACACCUAGCACAGCACUAUCUUAUUUUUCAAGGUUAUUCAGCCCACAUCCUUAUACAGCACAAUACGCAGUCAAGGUUUUAAGAGGUUUUCCACCUGAAGCUAUCUUAUUCUAUAUUCCUCAAUUGGUCCAAGCUGUAAGAUAUGACACCAUGGGAUAUGUCAAAGAAUACUUAGUGUGGGCUGCAAAGAAAUCACAGAUACUGGCUCAUCAAAUUAUAUGGAAUAUGAAAACAAAUGUCUAUCUGGAUGAAGACUCUCAAAAUAAGGAUCCAGAUAUUGGUGACACUCUUGAAGGAUUGAUCAGAACAAUCAUCGAUAAUCUGUCAGGACCGGCUCGUGAUUUCUACAAUCAUGAGUUUAAUUUUUUUGAUGAAGUUACAAAUGUGUCGGGAAUUAUUAAACCUUAUCCUAAAGGACCAGAAAGAAAACAAGCUUGUCUCGAAGCGCUUGCUAAUAUUCAGGUAUCAGCUGAAAGUUACCUUCCGAGUAACCCAGAAGCACUGGUUGUUGAUAUCGACAGAAAAUCUGGAAUUCCUCUACAAAGUGCGGCAAAAGCACCUUAUUUAGCAAAGUUUCUUGUCAAAGAAUGUGGAAUCAAUGAAAUUGAGAAAAAGGCCCUAGGGCAUAAAACAGAAAAGGAAUCUAAAAAUGAUGGGAAUCUUGUGUGGAAAGCAGCUAUUUUCAAAGUUGGUGAUGAUUGUAGACAAGACAUGCUCGCUUUACAAAUCAUCGAACUUUUUCAAAAUAUAUUUAAACAGGUCGGCUUGGACUUGUAUUUGUUUCCUUAUCGAGUUGUAGCUACGUCACCAGGAUGUGGAGUAAUUGAAUGUAUUCCUGAUAGUAAAAGCAGAGAUCAACUAGGAAGGCAAACUGCAAUUGGAAUGUAUGAAUACUUCCGUAAUGAAUAUGGAAAUGAAAAUUCAGCAGAAUUUCAGAGAGCUCGAAGAAAUUUUAUUAAAAGUGUUGCAGCUUACAGUGUCGUCUUAUUUUUACUUCAGAUUAAGGAUCGACACAAUGGUAACAUCAUGCUUGAUAAAGAAGGACAUUUAUUGCAUAUUGAUUUUGGAUUCAUGUUUGAAAGUAGUCCUGGUGGUAAUUUAGGUUGGGAACCUGAUAUCAAAUUGACUGAAGAGAUGGUAAUGAUCAUGGGUGGAAAGAUGGAUGCUCCUCCAUUCCAGUGGUUUAUGGAACUUUGUGUGCGAGCUUAUCUGACGAUUCGUCCAUAUCGUGAAGACAUUGUAUCUCUUGUUGCACUGAUGCUUGAUACAAGUCUACCUUGCUUUCGGGGAAAUACAAUCAAACUUCUUAGAACAAGAUUUGCACCAUCAGCCUCAUCAAAAGAAGCUGCCCAGUAUAUGGUAAAAAUUAUUCGAGAUUGUUUCCUCAGUAAAUGGAGCAGAACUUAUGAUAUGAUUCAGUAUUAUCAGAACCAAAUACCUUACUAUUAACAGUAUCAUUUACAGCGUCGUCAAAAGGGCUGGGCAUUUUCAAAUACCUGGAGGGAAUUGAUUAUUUUUUUUGAAACGAAUCUUGAAUACUUAGGAGAUAUGUCAUUGUAUGUGAUUUUUUGUUGUAAUGAAUCCUCCAGACACAUAAAUUACUAAAAUCAUAGAAUCUAUCACUCGUACUGUUUGCUUACCGAUCCGAAUAAUUAACUAUUGGAUUCAAAAUGCCCAGUCCUUGUCAUCAAAAUAUACAUGACAUAUGUAAAAUGUAACCCGGAUGUGUAUGGACUAUGUAAUAGGUUGCAUAUGUCUGAUUGCUUAGUUUAAUCACGUAACUGCUUCUAAACCUAACUGUUUAAUCAUUUGCAAUACAUCAGGGCACAGUUAAUUCUCUUUACUCCACUGCAAAAUCUAACUAAUUUUAUUUAAUUAAUAAUGUCACACACUUAGUUCAAAAGUAUAUGCUUCUUUUAUUUUGUGCAAUAUGUACACGGUAAUAAUAUUCUGGUUUUAUCUUUUUUUUCAAUAUAUCCAGAUAUAAGUAGAG